AUGGAUCCAACAGGUGUUGCUGCAGCCGCCGAUGUCACUGGCACCGGUACUUCCCAACCCUGCGCGUGGGGUGACUUCUCUGUGACUUACACCCUUCCUCCCUCACAGAGGUCCGAAGAGUGGAUGAGAGAGAGGGCAGAUGAGCUCAAGGGGAAAGUGCGGCAGAUGUUCGUGGGCGGCACAACCAUGAGCACAGCUGACAUGUUGCGUUUGGUGGACACCCUUGAACGCCUUGGCAUAGACAAGCAUUUCCAGGAGGAGAUCGGCGUGGCGCUAAGCCGUAUCCACACUAGUGGUGAAGAGCAGGACAGCUCCAACGAUCUGCAUGUUGUCGCGCUCAAGUUCUGUCUGCUUAGACAACAUGGCUUCUGGGUAUCAACAGAUGUGUUUGACAAAUUCAGAGAUGACACGGGCAAUUUCAGCAAGGAUUUGGCAACCGAUCCCAUGGGACUGCUUAGCCUGUACAACGCGGCUCACAUGGCGGUCCCGGGUGAGGCAGCCCUAGACGAGAUCGCUGCUUUUGCUAGGCGCCACCUUGAGCUCGCAAAACCCAAGCUCAGGUCACCUAUGGCAGAGCAGGUGUCCCGCGCCUUGGAGAUCCCACGCCCUCGGUUCAUGCGGCGACUUGAGGCCAUGCACUACGUCACUGAGUACGAGCAAGAAGAGGCGCACAACACCGCAAUUCUCGAGCUGGCGAAGCUGGAAUUUAACAUACUCAGGUCUCUCCACCUCAAGGAGCUCAAGGAAAUCUCCUUGUGGUGGAGUGAUCUUUACAACGAUGUGAAGCUUACCUAUGCUCGGAAUCGCAUCGUGGAGACAUACUUGUACACCUGUGGAGUGUUCCAUGAGGAGGAGAACUCUCGCGCACGACUAAUGCUCGCCAAGGGGUUUGCACUUUUGAGCCUACUUGAUGACACCUACGAUACUCACGCCACCUUCAAGGAGUGCCAGAUAUUGACUGAAGCUAUACAAAGAUGGGAUGAAAGUUGUGCUCCUAUUCUACCAGAAUACCUGCGCAUGUUCUAUGUCAAAAUGCUGAGCAAUCUCAGUGAAUUUGAGGACAAUUUGGAACCAUGGGAGAAGUACCGCAUGACUUAUAUCAAAGAAAUGUUCAAAUUGCAGUCCAAAAAAUACCUUAAGGAGGCUGAAUGGUUCAGCAAAAACUAUACUCCAAGCUUCAAAGAGCAUGUAGAUGUGUCCGUUAUAUCGACAGGUGUGCCGAUGCUGUUCCUGGUGGCGCUCAUGGGUGCAGGUAAACUGGCAACCAAAGAAGCGUUCGACUGGGCGCUCCACAUACCUGACAUGGUGCGUGGGUGUGCAGAGACCGGCCGCUUCCUCAAUGACAUUUCUUCUUAUUUCAAGCCAAGGAGUAGCAAGAUGGAUGCGGCUAGCUCAUUUGAGUGCUACAUGAAGGAACAUAGCAUGACGCCAAGCGAUGCAGUGGCGGCAUUUGCCACAAUGGUGGAGCACGCAUGGAGGAGGAUCAACCAGGGGUGUAUGGAGUUGGACCGCGGAAUACUACCAGCGGCGCAGCUAGCGGUGAACAUGACAAGAAUGAACGAGGUGUUGUACCUUCAUGGCAGGGACGCCUACACCUCCAGUGAUUUCCUCAGGGAAACUGCUGCUUCCUUGUUCCUGAAGGAUUUUCCUAUUUAA